AUGGCUUUCUGUGCAUUAAUUCACCGAUUUGCUCCAAAUUCAUUUGAAUUCGAUAAAUUAGAUCCAAGCAAACGACGAGAAAACUUAGAAUUGGCAUUUAGGGUGGCAGAAGCUAAUGGAAUUGUACCACUACUGGAGGUAGACGAUAUGCUAUUAAUGGGUGAUCGGCCUGAUUGGAAAUGUAUUUUUACUUACGUACAAUCAUUUUACAAAGAAUUCAAAGAUCGACCAUGA